CUCAUACAGACCGGCAUUCAUCAACACCUCGAAGGUUAUAUCGCAGGCUCCUAUACGAAGGCCGUUUUACGGACGGCAAAAGAUGCCACAUCCUCCGUCGUUGCUUCGAGAGAAGCGCAGAAUCCUAGUGAAGAUGAACCGACGAUGGUUGAGUUACAAAGUCUCCUUUUCUGGCCAAACGCAAGCGAACUGCUUCCAUUACCACAAGCCAGUGCUGUCACCUGGUUCGAUGUCCUUCGGCCUAAAAGCGUCGUCGUCCCGAUAAUCCUGUUCUUACUCCUUAUCCUUCUCUCACUUUCUUCCUCCUCCGCCCCUCUUCAGCCCUCUGGCAUCCGCCCAUUCAGCUGGUCUGCCAGAGCUGCCAGCACAACCCCAUCCAGGCUUUCUUCUGUCGACACGACACGACACGACACCACACCACUUCCGAAUGAUCGCUUGUUUCAUCGUCUCUGCCAUUCUGGCCGCAAUUUAGUAACACCAGCCCCAACUGUCAGCCCAACAAAUUAUCUGAACUCUCUUCAUUCAGGCUUGUCGGCCAACCAAGUAAACCGCUUUCGAAGGGGCAAUUUGUUGUUUUUUCCUGCUUUUUAG